GCCGAGCGCGCCUCUUCGGGAGCUCCGGGCAGUGCAGACGCACUCUCACCGAGCCCUCUGGCUCCGGGUGUCCCACUGUUGGGCGUGGGUCCCAGAACGCCGGGAACUGGUGGGGGUGGGGGUGAGGUCGGCGAGCUGCGCGUGCGUACAAGCUACCACGCGGGAAGUCCAUCCCUCUGGCCUGCACCCUCAGAAUGGAAGAGAUCGGAAGCCCAGAGGCAGGACUGGCGGGGCCAGAGGUAGCCUUGCCUACCGAACCCGCGGUGCCCUCCCUUGUGGAUCGAUACUUCACGCGCUGGUAUAAAGCGGAUGUUAAAGGAAAACCCUGUGAGGACCACUGUAUACUACAGCACUCCAACCGAAUAUGUGUCAUCACACUGGCAGGAUCCCAUCCCGUCCUCCAGAGUGGCAAAACCAUUCAGAGUAUCUCCUAUCAGAUCAGUACCAACUGCAGCAGGCUUCAGAACAAAGUCUCUGGGAAAUUCAAGCGGGGGGCACAGUUUCUAACAGAGCUCGCCCCACUAUGUAAGAUAUACUGCUCCGAUGGAGAAGAAUAUACCAUAUCUAGCUGUGUUAGAGGUCGACUGAUGGAAGUGAAUGAGAAUAUUCUUCAUCAGCCAUCUCUUCUUCAAGAGAAGCCAUCCACUGAAGGCUACAUUGCAGUUGUGUUACCCAAAUUCGAGGAAAGUAAAAGCGUAACAGAAGGGCUGCUGACACAGCAGCAGUAUGAGGAGGUUGUGGUGAAACGGAAUAAUGCCACAGCCACAUCAUGAGCCUUGAGACGGAGGGACAGCAUUGGAGUCUCACCCUGCCUGGCCUCAACCAUCACUGCACUGAAGAAAGCCAGCGUAUGGGAAGCAUUCCUCCCACUGCCACAGGAGAAGCCUUCUUCACCCACCUAAGUCCCUCCUUUGUCUGAACUCACAAGCCUUGGCUCCCCCUUUGUAGUCAAGCUCUCAGAUGUACCCUACCCAGGUACCAUUGGGUUGGGAAGUGCAGCUGUGGGGGUUCGCCUGCAUAUGUGUGUCAGAAAACAACUUCGAAUGCUU